CACUGAUCCAACACCCAACACCACAAGCACGACCUGCAUUCUACAUUACGAAACCUGAAGCCACCACUCUACCCAAACUAAAUCGUUGACGCUGCGAAAAGAAAAGCUGAGAAUAUUACUCGAAAACGCAGUCAUGGGUCUGAACAAGGACGCCAGCCACACGUACGUGCACAUGCACCGCGCGCGCGACGCCGAUCUCUUUGAGGACUUCUGCAAGGAGAAGCUGCCGGACGACGAGGUCUACGUGCCGCCGCAGCACCAGCCGAUCAACCCGGAGGACGAGGACGACGUGGUGCCGGACCAGCACGCGGCGUUUGGGAUCACCAAGGCGACGCAGCGGUCGCGGGAGGCGGCGUGGAAGGAUUUGGGAUUGUCGGGGUUGAUGAAUCGGGGGCCGCCGCCGGCUGGUGGGUGGGAGAAGGGGCAGGCUGGGGCUGGGGGGAGUGCUGCGGGUGGGAGUGGUGGUGGGAAGAGGUUGCCCCGGUGA